GUCCUUCCUGUCCCCGCAGCGCAUUUCCUGUAUCAGGUUAAGUUCGAGUGUCAUUUCUCCAAUGGGACGGAGCGGGUGCGGUACCUGGCCAGAUUGAUCUACAAUGGACAGGAGUUCGUGCGCUUCGACAGCGAAGUGGGGGAGUACCGCGCGGUGACCGAGCUGGGGCGUCCCAUCGCAGAGCACUUGAACAGCAGGAAGGACUUCAUGGAGCAGAUGCGGGCCGCAGUGGACAGAUGCAGAGAGGCCUACAGGGUGUCUGAGGGAUUCCUGGUGCCUCGGCAAACUAAGCCCACAGUGACCGUGUAUCCUGCAAAGACCCAGCGCCUGCAGCACCACAACCUGCUGGUCUGCUCCGUGAACGGCUUCUAUCCGGGCCACAUUGAGGUCCGCUGGCUGCACAACGGCCAGGAAGAGGAGGCCGGGGUGGUGUCCACGGGCCUGAUCUGGAACGGGGACUGGACCUUCCAGACCCUGGUGAUGCUGGAGACAGUUCCCCGGAGCGGGGAGGUCUACACCUGCCAAGUGCGGCACCCCAGCAGGACCAGCCCGGUCACCGUGGAAUGGAGGGCCCAGUCUGGAUCCACACAGAGCAAGGUGCUGAGUGGAGCAGGGGGUUUCGUGCUGGGGUUGCUCUUCCUCGGGACGGGGCUGCUCACCUACUUCAGGGCUCAGAAAGGACACUCUGGACUUCAGCCCACAGGACUCCUGACCUGAGGUGAUCAUGGCGACAAGGGCAGGAGAGAACCUUCUGUCUGGCCCCUUCGCAGCCUGAAGAGGUUUCCUGCUGGGCUCUCACUCCACACGCAGAGCAGCCUCGGGCUCUGGCUGAGUCCUGGCUCCUGACCCCCAGCAGCUCCUCCCUGCUGGUUCCUCCCUCCCUGGACCUGGAGGCCCCAGUGCUGACUGCAGACCCUUAGCUCCAUCCCUCCCUGUCCCUGUGUGUUCAACUCUCGCUGUCUGCGGAGCACCUUAACUCACCUCUGCCGACAUUUUUUUGUAAAAAUUUUCCUCAAUUAAAUAUGGAGUGAAAUCAUCUGCCUCACAGGCUUCAAGGGCAGGAAGUGGGAAGAAAAGGUUUCCUUGUUCUCGUCCUGCUUUUUCAUGAGUUUUCCCUCCUGUAAUAGGCCUGGUUCCUGAGCCAGGAGAGAGCCUGCCAUUUACUUGAACACGGUGGUCUCCUACGUCAGUGUUUCUCAGACAAGCACACAGGUUCCUUUCCCCUGAGAUACAGAGGGGACAGCAAGUAUAAGAAACGCAGGCUGGCCCCGCUGGUGUGGUCAGUGGUCGAGUGUCAACCUAUGAACCAGGAGGUCACCAUUCAAUUCCAGGUCAGGGCACACGCCUGGGUUUCUGGCUCAAU